AUCACGAGAUGCUCAUUUCCGUAUUGGAACAAGUUAACAGUAGCGAAUGAGUGACUUCCUACAACCAUGCAAUGAAUCGGAUAAAAAUGAAUAUGGAAAAUGACUUAAGUUUAAGACAUCUUCAACAUAUACUAAACUUCUUUUUCGAUAUAGUCUAGCAGCCAAAUUUGGCGCAAGAAGACAGGUGUCUCCAUGAAAUGCCGCAGUGAGUACGCGACCUCGGAAUCGGGAUCCAAGAUGGCGGUGUGUGGAGAGGAGGCUAUGGACAGAAGUACUAGCUCGGCAGGCACAUACCCGGACUUUGAUGACCGAGGCCACGGGCAUUUUUUCGUGAAAAAGACUUUUCACAAGCCAACAUACUGUCAUCAUUGCACAGAUAUGCUGUGGGGACUUAUAGGACAAGGACUUGUGUGUGAAGUGUGUAACUUUGUAGUACAUGAGAAAUGUUUGAGAACUGUUGUAUCUGCCUGCUCUAGCAUAGCGGCUACCCUCAUCAAGAACCCUGUGGCACACUGCUGGUCAGAACCAGCCCAAUUUAAGCGGAAAUUCUGCAAUGUUUGUCGUAAGAGGCUUGAAGAUUCACUAGCUGUUAGAUGUGAAAUCUGUGAAUAUUAUGCACAUUUGGACUGCCAUGAUUUUGUUGUCAGUGACUGCAAAGAAUGUGCCACAUACUCCCCUACUAUCACAAGGGAGUCUGUUAUACAUUAUCACCAUUGGCGAGAAGGUAACCUUCCGGCCAAUUCUAAAUGUUUGGCGUGCAAGAAAACAUGUUGGUCAUCGGAGUGUCUCGCUGGUAUGAGAUGUGAAUGGUGUGGAUUAACGGCCCAUGCGAAUUGUUACCGACUUCUUCCAGCCGAGUGCAACUUUGGUAGUUUACGAGAAAUAAUGUUACCUUCUAGUUGUCUGUCAAUGCCACGAAUGGACCUCAGUGUAGAAACCAUGAUGGGAAUGAGUAAAAAAACAACACGAACAAUCUCAGAAGACUGGUCAAGUAGCGGAGACUCGAGAAACGAUGAAGAGGAUAGAGAGCAUCGAUCUCCGCGUGAUAAAGAUGGCAAAGAAAAAGAUAAAGAUACUGAAUGUUUUCAUCCCACCUGUAAAAGAAUUCAAUUCUCCAAUUCAAUUGGGGAGGUUAUUCGUGUGUUUGAUGGCAAUGCUUCCAUGAAGAGGCGUUUAUACAGAACAAUUUCUGUUCCUAAAAAUGCCCCAGCCCAGGCAAUACUGGAGGCAGCUUUGAAAACAUUCCACAUAUCUGACGAUCCUAAAAAUUACUAUGUUGCCGAGGCAUCAGAGUUUGCUAUGUUUGUAGGUGAAAAACAGCUGGACGAAACUAAACCAAUUCGUUCACAGCUCACAACUCCAGACGGCAAACGUCCAUCGAUUUUUCUGCGAUAUAAAGAACAAGACCCUGAUAGGGGCCAUAUAAAGGUCUACCCUGGUGGUCUAAAAGUAUCAUCUGGUCAUAAGAAUAUUACAGUGUCUAGUGAAUCCACUACAGAAGACAUUAUUAGAACAGCUCUCAACAAAUUUGGUAUAGAGGACACAGAACCGGCACGGUUCAGUUUAAUAGAAGUUUUAUUAGAUAAGGGUGUCUCAGAACGGACUCUGGAUCAUUCUGAUAAACCCUGGGAACUCAUCAAAACUAGUAGGAAGGAGUCUUUACGGCAAAAUCAAAUGACUCGGUACUACCUUCAGCAAAAAGAAGAUCCUCAUGGCCCCAGUAUAUCAUUAUUUGUAGGAAAUUUACCCACUGGCUUGUCACAACGACAGUAUGAGAAAAUAUUGUUGGACAUUGUUGGCAAAGCCAACAAGUGGGUGCGUUUUGAUGUGAUAUACUAUGAGUAUGGUGCUCUUGUGUUAGAUUUUUCCCAGGCUGACAAGGCAACUCGUGUAUUCAACAUUCUCAAAGACGCUGUAUUCGACGAGAAACAGCUUUUAGUGCUUUUAUUACCUAAUAUUCAGCCACACAUGAUACCAGAUAACACGAACCCACUUUUAGUGUUUGUUAAUGUAAAGAGUGGUGGAUGUCAAGGCUUAAAUCUGAUCACAUCCUUCAGAAAACUUCUCAAUCCUCAUCAAGUCUUCAAUCUUGAAAAUGGUGGCCCUCUUCCAGGUUUAUAUGUGUUCCGAAAUGUUCCCUUCUACAAGAUACUAGCCUGUGGUGGGGACGGUACAGUUGGCUGGGUACUAUCGUGUCUCGAUAAUGUUGGACAGGAUGCCAUAUGUCAAUCACCACCUCUUUCUAUACUUCCUUUAGGCACUGGUAAUGACUUAGCACGAGUGUUACGCUGGGGACCAGGGUAUACGGGUGGUGAAGAUCCUCUUAAUUAUUUGAGAGAUGUUAUAGAUGCAGAAGAUAUCAAACUUGACAGAUGGACCGUGAUAUUUCAUCCUAAUGAGAAAGAACAAGAUGAGACGAAGGUGGCCAUAGCAAAUGAUACAAACUCUGCAAACACAAAUGAGGACACCACCACCAUCUUUGUCAUGAAUAAUUACUUUGGUAUAGGUAUUGAUGCAGACAUAUCACUUGAUUUCCAUCAAGCCCGAGAAGAAAAACCAGAUAAAUUUAAUAGUCGUUUACAUAAUAAGAAAGUAUAUGUGCAAAUGAGUUUACGAAAGAUGGUGAAGCCACACACUUGUAAAGAUCUUCACCGCUGUAUACGUCUUGAAGUGGACGGGAAAUUAGUUGAUCUACCUCCAUGCGAGGGAAUUAUAAUUCUUAAUAUUUUAAGUUGGGGCUCAGGGGCUAACCCUUGGGGCCCUGAGAAAGAGGACCAAUUUCAGAAACCCACACACUAUGAUGGCAACCUCGAGGUGGUGGGCAUAACGGGAGUUGUGCACAUGGCACAGAUACAUAGUGGCCUACGAACGGGUAUCAGGGUUGCUCAGGGUGGUCAUUUACGGAUCACGUUACUUCAAGAUUUACCCGUACAAGUUGAUGGCGAGCCGUGGACACAGCCUGCAGGUCAAGUUGUAGUUCUACGCUCAGCUUUAAAGGCAACAAUGUUAAAGAAAAGCAAGAAUAAGAUCCGAAGACGCAAUACAGAGCCCAGUAUAUUUUUCCCAGAAAAUGAUGGCUUAAAAGCACAGUCUCCCAGUGAUGAAAAUAGUACUGGCCCUCUUUAACAUAAUCUGAUCUUUUAUUGAUUUUAUAUGUGUUAAACAGUAUACACAUGUAAAUAUUGGUUUUUCUGAACUUGUGAUGACAGAUUGGAACAGCAUAUGUGUUAAGUGUGAUUAAGCUGUGUACAGCAUAUGUGUAAUUGCUAUCAUUCAGCAUAUAGUGAAUAUGUGUGUAUGUGUGUCAUUUUUUAUAUUACAGAAACAAACAAAACUAUGGACAAAGUUUAUAUACUUUGCUCCGAGUUCAUCUACAGUAGAAAUAUUGAAAUGUUGAAAAUAUUUAUCGACUAUGUCUUUGAAUUGUGAAGUUAGUUUUUAGACAAUACAUUACAAGAAUUUACAAUAGAUGAAAUGUAUCAGAAAUCCACUCAGUGGAUGAUUGUAUAUGUAAAUGCAAAAAGUAUGAAUGGCUUUAUUUAAGAAAAAGAAAAAAUAUUGUGCAAUAGUGUCUCCAAAAUCCAAUUUGCUUAGUUAUUACAUAUACAUUUCCAGUUCAUUGUUUUAUUUUCUAUUUUAUUUUGUUUUUAAGGACUCGAUGUAAGUGGAAAUAUUUUUUUGAUACAAAAUCUUAUAUCUUGAUUUAUCUGAAAUCCUGGCAAUGUGUGACAGAAGAAAUUUGACAUUCUUUUACUUAAUUGAAUAUAUCCCAUAGCCCUGGUAAACAGUAGAUAUUAACUCUAUAUUGAACUUUAGUGUAGAAGUAAGUCAUACAUAUAGUAUAUUUAAACCAAACUAGUCUUUAAAUUUGUGAAAGUUCAUUCUGGUCUGUAUAUUCUCAUUCUCAUAGCUGCUUAUUUUCAGUGAAAUGUAACUUGAAACCCCUAGAAUUUACAACAGACUGUUCCAAACUUGUAAGUGAACCAUUCCAGUACAGAAACUGGGGAGUGGGGGGGGUGCUGAUUGAAAUAUGAAUUUAGGGUUUUAGUUAUCUUUAGCCCUUAGCCUGCAGGGAACGACGGAAAGUGAUUAGUCUUUGCCACCAGUAAGGGGUUCUGGCUCUAUACUGUUGGUAGCUCGAUUUUUGUAUUUUGAUAUUGAAAACCCUAAAACUUAAAACGGAUUGUUUUAAAUUACAAAGCAGGCAAAAAAAUCCAAUAAACAAAAUCAAAAGGUUCUAUCUAUAUUUUCUGUCGAACCCCGCUCAAGGACGUAGACAGUUGGCACUUCAAGUCAAAAAGAUAAGUAAUUAAGUCAAAUAAAACUAGACAUAUAUAAGAUAUAUACAUUUAAACAUAAAGAGUUAAUUGUUCAGAAGGAUUUAAUAUGUUCCAAGAUAUAAGAAAAAUACUGGCAAAUGAUUUAAUAUUCACUUUAAGUGAAGAGUGUAAGUUAACAUUAGAAGAACUGUGUAAACAUGGGAUUUAAAAUCAUUCAGGUUGUAUUCUUGAUCAUGCAUAGAUUCUUGUCUGUUAAGAUUCUUGUCUGUUAAUGAAUACAAGGGGUUGAUUUCUAGGUAGCUGCAUCUUUGAAGUGCAAGAAAAAUGAAUAUGAUCCCAUUAGUUUUCAAGGUAGAACAACAUCAGAAAACAACCGAUCCUCAAUUUGACAAGGUGAUCCAAAGACAUCCUAUAUAAAAAAAAUGAGACCUGAUUAUUGUUAAAUUUUAAUCCUGCAAUUUCCCAGUAUUAGGUAAAGCAUUGCAAAAAAAUCCUGUUGUUUAUGUUCCUGUAAUAAUAGGGAAAGAAAGUUUGAUUUAUUAAGGAGAUUGGGCAGAUUGUGAUAGCUUGUUUAAGAGAUGUUUGCGUGAUCAUAUUUUUU